GAGGAAUUGCGUGUGAGAAUGCAUAAAGGAGAUCUGGUGAAGUUGAUCCUGGUGCUGUGCACUGUCUCGCCACUGGGCACUGCGCAGUACUGCAAUAGGGACAUAAAAGUUUGUGAUGUGCAGAAGGAGACUAUUGACUAUGUCACGAGAGAAUCGUACCAGGACAAGUGUCCUUUCCUGACUGAAUACAAGGCGUGUGUGUUCUGGAGGAAUGUCACGAAGCAGAAAACAGAGGAGAAAAUCGUCCACAAGGUGGAAACAAUUGUGACUUGUUGCCCAGGAUAUUCUCUAUUCGCCGACAAAUGCAUUCCUCACUGCGAAGAUCCGUGCAUUAACGGCGUUUGCACGGCGCCAGGAGUUUGUCACUGUAAUUCAGGAUAUGCGAAAUCUACUGAAAAGGACCACAUUUGCCAUCCCGUCUGCUCUGACUGUGUCAAUGGUCAAUGUGUAGCUCCGGAGAGUUGCGAGUGUUACUCAGGAUACGCCAAGAACUUCAACUCGUCCGUCUGCGAGCCUUUCUGCGGCGACAGCGAUUGCGGUUCGGGGAUCUGCAGGGAGCCUUUCAACUGCCAAUGCCACCCUGGAUUCGAGAAAGACGAUCAGGGAAUCUGCACUGUCCAAUCUUGUCAGGAAGACUGCAAGGGCGGACGAUGCGCCAACGGAGAGUGCGAAUGUCCCAGCGGAGCUUCUUGGGACUUAAACGAGUCUGCGUGCGUCUGCACGAGUCCUUCGGACGACUUCACGGUUUCCACGUCAAAUUCCAACGACUAUGAAUAUACAGAGAUGAUUCCAGGGGAUGAAAAUGCUGCAAAUUUCAUCAUUGCGACCCUCGUGGCAAUCAUAAUUCUCUUGGCAACGACAAUUAUCAGCAUCCUAGUCAUUGUGUGGUACAAAAAUUGGAAGAGUGAGUCACAGAAUGUGCAUUUUUCGCACUUUAGUGGAAUUUGUGGAAGUGCAGCAGAAAUGGUGGCGAAAGGGAAAAUCGUUGUCCUUUUGGUGCUGAUUGGAACAAUCUUUGAGUGCUCUGCAAAGUGGUGCAAAGUGACGGAAUUGGACUAUGUUUUGAAAGACGUAACAGUUGAUGUGACAAAGUAUAAGCAGAGAAGAAUCUGGCCAUGCCUGAAGAACUGCUUCAAAACCGUUCCUUACACAGUCCAGGAAACACAGCAUAAAUGGGUUGCGCAGAACGUGACCAAAGAGGUGUGCUGCGAAGGAUACAGUGAGGAAAUUGGACAGUGCAUAGCAAUUUGUGCUCCUUCAUGCAAGAAUGCAAGAUGCGUCGCUCCAAAUUCCUGCAAAUGCAAUUUCGGCUAUGAAUCCCGGUCGGAAAAUGAAUGCGUUCCUCAUUGCGAAAACUGUGAAUUUGGCACCUGCAAAGCUCCGUUCCUCUGCGUUUGCGAUUCGGGAUACCAAAGGGAAGUGCUUAACGAGGGGGAAAAGUGCGUUCCAGUGUGCAAAGAUGGUUGUCCUUCAGGGAGUUUUUGCUCACAACCAAACAUCUGCACGUGUAAGGAUAAUUUCACAGAGAUUUCCGUUGCUGGUCAGAAGAGGUGCAUAAUUGAGGGAGAAACUGAUUCCACAACGCUUAGUACGCAAAUCACUGAGAAAGUCACUGAAGAAAUCACCGAAGAUUCGACAGAUUAUGCGGAAAUCGAGGAAAUUCCUGAGGAAGAUUUCGAGAAUGUGACUUUUUCUGAACAAUUGGAUGAAGCAGACGUUGAUGUGUCUUUGGAAAUAGUGUCUGACGAUCCUUGGAAGAACUUCCCGCUGAACUCCAACGCGUACGACGAGAUAGUAGACGAUAAGGCGGAUCAGAUGGAGGAGAAAGUGCUGCACAGUGUCUUGGGGAGGCUGUGGUACUUUGUUAUGGCCGUUGCGGUCAUUAUAUGUGCCAUUAUAGCUGUAAAAUAUUACAUAGCAAUUCAGCAGAGGGAAUUCAAAAUUCCCCACGAUAUUCCCACCGAUGUUGCCUUUACAGCAAAGGCUUAGAUAAAGCCUUUUCAUAUUGCAAUAUAUUGCAUAUUAUUAAAAAAAAAAAGUAAAAUUUCAAUUUUCUUUAUUGUUAUUAUUAUUAUUUUUCUUCUAUUUUA